GCUGCGUCUCUCUCUCGAACCCAAGAUGUCUUCCCCCGGCUGGAGCCCCAUUGUUGGGAUGCUCUGCGUCUGGGCUGCUGCUGCCUGGCUCCCGGGCUCCGGGGCAGUGUUGUCUCCGAACGGGACAUUGUUCGAGGACCACUGCAAGAAGACCACGACCUGCGAGGCCCUGAAGUACAACACAUGCCUGGGGUCUCCGCUGCCCUACACCCACACCUCCCUGGCCCUGGCGGAGGACUCCACCACACAAGAGGAGGCUUUUGAGAAGCUGACCAUGUGGUCCGGUCUGAGGAACGCUCCUCGCUGUUGGUCGGUCAUCCAGCCGCUGCUCUGUGCGGUCUACAUGCCCAAGUGUGAGAACGGCCGGGUGGAGCUGCCCAGCCAGACCCUGUGUCAGGCCACGCGUCGGCCGUGCAGCAUCGUGGACCAGGAGCGAGGCUGGCCAAGCUUCCUCAAAUGUGACCAUUUCCCCUUGGGAUGCUCGAAUGAAGUGCAGAAGCUGAAGUUCAACACGUCGGGCCAGUGUGAAGCUCCUCUGGUGAAGACGGACAUUCAGUCGUCUUGGUACAAAGACGUGGAGGGCUGCGGCAUCCAGUGCGACAACCCUCUGUUCACCGUGAGCGAGCACAACGACAUGCACGUCUACAUCGCCUACUUCGGCACCAUCACCCUCCUCUGCACCUUCUUCACUCUGGCCACGUUUCUCGCUGACUGGAAAAACUCCAACCGCUACCCAGCCGUCAUCCUCUUCUACAUCAACGCCUGCUUCUUCGUGGGCAGCAUCGGCUGGUUGGCCCAGUUCCUGGACGGAGCGCGUGAAGAGAUCGUGUGCAAGAGCGACAACACCAUGCGACUCGGGGAGCCAUCGUCUUCAGAGACGCUGUCAUGUGUCACCAUCUUCAUCAUCGUCUACUACUCCCUGAUGUCCGGCGUGAUCUGGUUCGUCAUGCUCACCUACGCCUGGCACACGUCCUUCAAAGCCCUGGGCACCACCCAGCAGCCGCUGUCCGGCAGAACCUCCUACUUCCACAUGGUCACCUGGUCCAUCCCCUUCGUCCUCACCGUGGCCAUCCUGGCUAUUGCUGAGGUGGAUGGAGACUCAGUGAGCGGGAUCUGUUUCGUGGGUUAUAAAAACUACAAAUAUCGGGCCGGGUUCGUGCUCGCACCCAUUGGUGUCGUGCUUGUUGUCGGUGGCUACUUCCUGAUUCGGGGUGUCAUGACCUUGUUUUCCAUCAAGAGUAAACACCCAGGACUGCUGAGUGAGAAAGCGGCGAGCAAAAUCAACGAGACGAUGCUGAGACUCGGCAUAUUUGGUUUCCUGGCUUUUGGGUUUGUUCUGAUCACCUUCGGCUGCCACUUCUAUGACUUCUUCAACCAGGCUGAGUGGGAGAGGAGCUUCAGAGAAUAUGUGCUGUGUGAAGCCAACGUGACAAUCGCCUCUCAGACUAACAAGCCGAUCCCAGAAUGCACCAUUAAAAACCGGCCGAGUCUAAUGGUGGAGAAAAUCAACUUGUUCUCCAUGUUCGGGACCGGAAUCGCUAUGAGCACCUGGGUCUGGACCAAGGCCACCAUCCUCAUCUGGAAACGCACCUGGUGCAAGAUUAUCGGGCGCAGCGACGACGAGCCCAAGAGGAUCAAGAAGAGCAAGAUGAUCGCCAAGGCGUUUGCGAUGAGGAAGGAGCUCCACAAGGACCCGGAGAAGGAGCUGUCGUUCAGCAUGCACACGGUGUCGCACGACGGGCCAGUGGCUGGAAUUAAUUUUGAAAUAAACGAGCCGUCCAAUGACAUGUCGUCAGCUUGGGCGCAGCACGUGACCAAGAUCGUGGCCCGGCGAGGUGCCAUCCUGCCUCAGGACAUUUCUGUCACCCCCACAGGCACACCAGUGCCACCUCCAGAUGAGCGGAAUAGACUGUGGAUGGUGGAGGCCGAGAUUUCACCUGAGAUGAUAAAGAGGAAGAAGAAGAAAAAGAAGAGGAAGAAGGAGAUGCGUCCGGUGAAGGAGGUGACGGAGCGCGAGUUGUGCCGCAGCACGGUGCCUCGUCUGCCCAAGCUGCCCUGCCACCCGAGCCUGGUCGCCAACCUGCAGGAGCAGCAGAAGCUGGAGGAGGAAGUCCUGCCGGGGUGCUACCCAGACUUCCCAUCCUCACAACCUCUGUCCUGUGAGGAGCGAUGCCGCUACCAGCCCUACCAGAGCAGCCAGAACAGCUACGGCCGCAGCCUGCUCUCUAAUCCUCUGACCUUCAAUGAUCGUCCGGAGGAUCUGGGUCUCGGCCCUCGCUGCCCGCCCUCUGCCUCCAGCUGGCAGCCAAGCAGAGCUUCUCACUACCCCCGGGAGGUGCAUCCCACCGACGGGCUGUCAGAGAGGUUGGCCCAUGUGGCUCGGGUCCCGGCGGGCCGCAGGGUCAACUACGGGCCCAUCCACUCCCGGACCAAUUUGAUGGAGGCGGAGCUUAUGGACGCUGACUCUGACUUCUAAGACUAAAGCUCUGGUACCUUCUGGCUCUUUGCGGUACACAGACAGUAAGCUAUGAAAAGUGCUGGAUACUUCUUAAUUCUUACUAAAGUGCACCAACACUCUGAUGUCCAGACGUCAAGA